UUGAUGGAGGCAUGCCAUUUGACAGUGAUGAGUUUGGUUCUGGUAUCAAUUGUGAUGUUGUUAUUUGGCCAUUGCCAUGCUGAUACCAAUAUGAGUGCUGGGACUGAGUGCUCAGAAGCAGAUAAUUCAACACUUGAGAACUCAUUCCAGACCAAUCUAAACAAUCUUCUGGAUUCACUUUCAUCAAAUGUGCCUCUCAACAAUGGCUUCUACAGAGCCACAAUGGGUAAAAGUUCCCACAAGAUUUAUGGCCUGGUGCAAUGUAGAGGUGAUGUUUCAGCCAGAGAUUGUGCUAACUGCACCAAGGAGUCUGUUGCGGUAGCCUUGCAUCAAUGCUCAAAGAGCAAGCAAGUUGGGGUUUGGUUCACAUGGUGUUUCCUGCGAUAUUCGGAUGAGAAUUUCUUUGGUGUUGUGGAACCAAGUUUUGCAGCCAUUGACUAUGGGGCUGAUUUUGAUGAUCCAGUUGUGGUUUCAAAAGGACUUGCAUUCAUGGGUGGGCUAAUAUCUGGAGCUCCAAAGCAGCGGCUGAUGUUCCAGAUGGCGGUGUUGGAUGUUGGAGAAAGUGGGAACAGGUAUGGCAUGGCUCAAUGCACCAGAGAUAUUAGCAGGACUGACUGCAGCAAGUGCUUGGAUGCUCAGUUGGGUGGUCUAGGAUCGACACUUUCAAAUAAAAGAGGAUGGGAGAUUUAUGGGAAGAGUUGCAGCAUGUGGUACCAUGACUACCAGUUCUAUACCAACAUCUCCACGACAACUGCAAGUGAAGGAAAUAGAAGAUCGUUACAUGGUGGAGUCAUGACUGGCAUACUCACAUUUACAAUCUUAGCCUUUCUAAUGAUUCUGUAGUAACCCAGAGUACUAUUCUGUUAUUCAUCCCUGCGGUUGAUGAUCGUGAAUAUGAUAUUCAUCAUUUCUUCACCAACUUGAUUCGGUUUCUGCUUCUUGGUGCUUUUGACCAUAUGGUUGUAGAUCUGAAAUCAGGUGCUGCUGACCCAAAACUGUGAAAUCAGAUAAUUGUUAGUUCUGAAAUUGUGUAUACUCUUUACUUUGGCCUGUGAUUA